AUGUAUUAUCAUCGUGAAUUCAUUAUUUUUGGUUUCACUCGAUUUGUUGUAAAAUGGACAUUCAGUUCAUUCAAAAAAUUCCUUUUGCAGAAUUCGAUUGUCAAUGAAAAAUGCGUUCCGAUUACUAUGCAAAUGUGCAAAGAUAUACCUUAUAACAUGACGCUAUAUCCUAAUAUUUUGGGACAUACGAAGGAAGAGGAUGCAUCGCUUGAGAUCCAUCAAUUUUUACCACUAGUCAAGGUAAAAUGUAGUGAAGACUUAAAAUUUUUCUUGUGCACUAUUUAUGCACCAGUGUGUACAGUGCUGGGUCGUCCGAUACCUCCUUGUCGUCAUUUAUGUUUAUCUGCAAAAAUGGGUUGUGAAAAUCUAAUGAACAAAUUUGGAUUUAAAUGGCCGCCGCUUCUCUCUUGUGAUCGUUUCCCAUCAGAUGGAAUGUGUGUCGGUGAAAAUAGAACAGAUAGCAGUACAGAGGCACCUCAUUUACAUUCACAUGAGCGAUUAUUCCAGAUUGAAUGUCCUCACUCGAUGCAGGUAUUAAGCAAAUCGAAAUAUACACUUAAAGUUUGGAACACAACUUUAGAGCAAUGUUCACUAUCGUGUUCAGCUGAUAAUCUUGUGCCAAUGUUUUUUGAUUCUCGCAUUCGACGAUAUCUUCGUUUUUGGACAGGUGCUUGGGCGGUAGCAUGUGCUGCCAGUUCUUUAUUUACCAUACUAACAUUUUCAAUCGAUAUGCGCCGUUUUCCUUACCCAGUUCUUCCGAUAUUUUACCUCUCUAUUUGCUAUUUAUUUGUAUCCUUUGUUUAUAUGGUUGGUCUUGUUGCUGAGGAUAAGAUUUCAUGUUCAGCGAUUUCGGCAAGUAAUACACCAUUAGUGUCACAGGGUAUCGAUAGUUUUCCAUGCACUAUUAUUGCAAUAAUUCAUUAUUAUUUCAGUAGUAUAUGGUGGGUAAUAUUGUGUUUGGCGUGGUUUCUCGCUGCAAAUCUCAAAUGGGCACAAGAGUCAAUCGAAGGUCUCUCGUCAUAUUUUCAUGUUCUUGCUUGGGGUAUUCCAGCACUUUUAUCAAUUGUUGUUCUAAUCACAAAUAAUGUUGAUGGUGAUUUAUUUACUGGAAUUUGCUCAGUUGGUAACCUUCGGCCAUCCGCAUUAUUUAAUUUAAUAUUUAUUCCCAUGUUCUAUUCAAAUUUCUUUUUAGCUCUCGGUUUAUUGCUCUUGGGUUGCGGCAUUAUCUCAAUGCUUCGCAUUCGACGCUAUAUUAAAUUCAAACACAGUGAUAUCGAUCAGAAUAUUCGUAAACUCGAGAAAUUAAUGUUACGUAUCUCAGCGUUUGCAUUUAUGUAUACAUUACCAACUGUUGUUAAUACAGCUUGUAUUGCAUAUGAAGCAUUUAUGAUGGAAAGUUGGUUAACAAAUUGGUUGGCUAUUCGUUGUGCAAGACCAGAUCGUGCUGCUUUUGGUUUCUCUCAACCGCGGAAUACAUGCAUUUCACAAGAGAAUAUUAGACCACCAGAUUUGUUGAUUUAUUUCUUCAAAUAUCUUAUGCAGCUUGUCGUAGGUAUUACAUGUGCUGUUUGGGUAUGCAGUAGUAAAACAUUGAAUAGCUAUUCACAAGCAUAUGCUCGUUUGGUACAUGGUCGUUCUCAGGUACCAACGCGUGUUCACGAAUGA